GGGUGCCGCACUUAGGAUUCAGAGCCUCCUUCCAUUGCGGUCUCAGGAGGAUGAUCACUGGUUCCGUGAUUAAGGGCAGAGGAAAUGACACAAAGCGCUCAAUAUGAUAACAAGGCUAAAGCGAUGAUGAUAUAGGCAGACAAAUUUAUCAUCGGUCGCAUUUUGCUUGAUAGCAUUUCACUCAUCGUCCAUGUAUCCAAUGUCGAUGAAGCAGCGAUCUGAUACGAAGCAAAACAAUAAGAUUUCAGAUGUAGCCUAUUCAGUCAGAGUGCUGCUGGAAGCUCAUUACGCUUACAAUCACAUUAGGCUUUUGUGGUUACGUAAUCGUACACAGUCGGUGGGCGAGAUUCUCCAGCGGUACAGUAGGUCUACAACAACAACACAUCAUCAUCGUCGUCAUCGUCUUCCUCACCGUCACUUACUGCGGGUCGGCUCGCGCUUCCCGGAGCCAGAUGGAGCGUGAGAACGGUACCGCGUGCACGUGACCAGGGCUCACUGCUGGAGCGAGCGCCUUGUUCACACCGCAUCAUGGCUGCGGAAGCUGCGGUCUCCCCCGGCGGAGCCUCUGCUGUCUCCUUCUCCACCCGAGGGGCUCGGAGCUCCCCGUCCCGCCUUCUGCUCCUAUCCGUCGGCCUCGCCUCUCUCCUUCUCCCGGCUCAGUCCCACGGGCUGCUGGGCUUCCGUCCGGAGGAGACCGGGGGGGAGCUGUCCGUGGAGGACGGGGUGCUGAGAGCCAUCGAGGGGACUCGCUUCAUGCUGCGGGUGUACUACUCCACCUCCUCCCCGAGCCGGAGACUAAACCGCACCGCGGGCUCCUCCAGGGCCAGCAACGCCGCUCCGUGGAUCGCCUUCAUCGAGGAGCCGAGUCCCGGGAGAGAGGGGCAGGUGCACCCCAAGCGGAACAUGUGCAUGGACAAGACCGCCCGGACGUCCGACAUCGAGGUGCUGGGCUCGUUCAAGUCGGCCUCCAGCCAGAACUCGGUGCUGGUUGAGCUACUGGCCAAGGACCUGCGGCGCGGGGAGAAGAUCAAACACUACUCCAUGUGCGCCUUCGACGGCUCAAAGUGGGAGCACUACCGCACGCGGGACUUCUGGGUGGCGGUGGUGGAGCGCUCGGCUGUGCCCAACUUGUGGCUGCAGGUGCUGGUGUCGGUGCUGCUGCUAUGUCUGUCCGCGCUGUUCAGCGGCCUCAACAUCAGCCUGCUCGCGCUCGACCCGGUGGAGCUGCAGGUGCUGCAGAACAGCGGCACGCACACCGAGCAGAACCACGCGCGGAGGAUCGAGUCCGUGCGUCGCCACGGCAACUACGUGCUGUGCACGCUGCUGCUGGGCCACGCGCUGAUCAACGCCGCGCUGGCCGUGUGGAUGUGCCAGAUCCUGGGCAUGACAUGGCAAUCUACCGUGCUCUGCGCGUUUGGCAUCUUUUUCAUCGGCGAGAUCCUGCCGCACUCGGUGGCCUCCCGCCACGGCCUCGCCAUCGCCUCCAAGACCAUCUGGGUGACGCGUGUGCUGAUGGUGCUCUCUUUCCCCGUGUCCUACCCCAUCAGCAAGCUGCUGGACCUGGUGCUCAGACAGGAGAUCUCCAACUUCUACACGCGGGAGAAACUCCUAGAAAUGCUGCGCGUGACCGACCCGUACCACGACCUGGUCAAAGAGGAGCUGAACAUCAUCCAAGGCGCGCUGGAGCUGCGCACCAAGACGGUGGAAGACGUGCUCACGCCGCUGGGCGACUGCUUCAUGCUGGCGUCGGACGCGCUGCUGGACUUCAACACCAUGUCGGAGAUGAUGCAGAGCGGCUACACGCGCAUCCCCGUGUUCGAGAACGAGCGCUCCAACAUCGUGGAUAUCCUAUUCGUCAAAGACCUGGCGUUCGUGGACCCUGACGACUGCACGCCCCUCAAGACCAUCACCCAGUUCUACAAGCACCCGCUACACUGCGUCUUCAACGACACUAAACUUGACGCCAUGUUGGAGGAGUUCAAGAAAGGUAAGAGUCACCUGGCGGUGGUCCAGCGGGUGAACAACGAGGGGGAGGGCGACCCCUUCUACGAGGUCAUGGGCAUCGUGACUCUGGAGGACGUCAUAGAGGAGAUCAUCAAGUCUGAGAUCCUGGAUGAGACUGACCUGUACACUGAUAACCGCACCAAGCGCCGUGUGUCCCAUCACGAGCGGAAGCAGCAGGACUUCUCAAUCUUCAAGCUGUCGGAGAACGAGAUGAAGGUGAAGAUCUCCCCACAGCUUCUUCUGGCCACACACCGCUUCCUGUCUACAGAGGUGGAGCCCUUCAAGCCAGGACACCUAUCAGAGAAAAUCUUACUGCGGCUGAUCAAGCACCCCAGCGUCGUCCAGGAUCUCCCGUUUGAUGAGAAGAACAAGCGGGCACCGCAGCACUUCCUGUACCAGCGGAACAAACCCAUCGACUACUUCCUGCUCGUGCUACAGGGUCGAGUGGAGGUGGAGUUUGGGAAAGAGGCUCUGAGGUUUGAGAAUGGAGCUUUUGCAUAUUAUGGGGUGCCAGCUAUCAUGCCAACAGGUACCCCCGUCUCAACAGUCCACAGAUCCCCUUCACGCAGCAGUGGUUUGGACCGCUCAGAGUCCAUGCUGUAUGGAGGCAGCAUGAACCAGCUGAACGGUGGGGGCAGCGCCUACCUGCCCGACUACUCUGUCAGACAGCUGACCCCCGUACAGGUCAUCAAGAUCACCAGGAGCCACUACCAGAACGCCCUGACCGCCACCCGCAUGGACACCUCUCCCCAGACCCCAGAACCGGACCUCCAACCCCCGGAGCUCCGUCCCCCAGUGCUGGAGCCCCCCACCCCCGAGCACGGCUCACACCUCAUGCCCCCCCCCAGGGAUACGGGACGGCCCGCCUCGGCCCGGAGCCGGGGGCAGCAGGCCAGUGUCCCGCACAGCACCUCGCUGCUUAACGAGAAGAACCGCAUCGUCCGAAGUAAGUCAGAUGGUCAGAAGAGUCCCAGUGACUCCGUGUUCCUGAGGUUGGAUGAGGUCCCUUACAUCAGGGAGGACCGGUCUGAGAGCCAGGACACAACAGAAACAUCUUCCGUUCCCAUGGAGACAGACACCUCCCCCUUUAUCAGUGCUCUGUCGCUGAGCGGCUCAGAGGACACACUGGGAAAGAAGCUGCUGCUGAAACUCAGUCACAAAAAGAGGAAAAAGUCGAGAGAGGGAGAUAAAACCCCAGAGGACCUCGCUGAGCAGCCGCUGGUGAAGACUUAAAGAGGCGGGGGCCCUCUCUGAGCGGCCCCUGGUGAAGACCUAGUGAGGUGAGGGCCCUCACUGAGCGGCUCCCGGUGAAGACGAGGGGAGGGCCCUCUCUGAGCAGCCCCCGGUGAAGACCUAGCGAGAGGAGGGCCCUCUCUGAGCGGCCCCUGGUGGAGACCUAGCGAGUUGAGGGCCCUCUCUGAGCGGCCCCUGGUGGAGACCUAGCGAGUUGAGGGCCCUCUCUGAGCGGCCCCUGGUGGAGACCUAGUGAGGUGAGGGCCCUCUCUGAGCAGACCUAGCGAUGGUGGGGCGACACUGGAGACAGAACGUAGAGUUCCCAUUUUAAAAAGAACAUUAUCCGGAUGAUUCUGCAUGACUGGGAGAAACAGAGGAAUCCGCUGGACGGUGUCAAGUGAUUAUGAGUUUCCGGAUGACAGAAUUUUUCUAAAGAAAUCAAAAGAGAAGAGAAAGGGAUUAUAUAAGGACGAUAUUAUGUCCUUGUGCCAUACUCUUCAUCAAGCCAUUUUAGGUUUGGAAAGUUCACAGAGACCUGUAUGCAAGGGAUAUGUUUAUAUUUUUAUACACUACGUAGUCCGUUCACAUUUAAAAGACACUUUACGCUACUUAAAGACACUUUAAGACUUGUAUAUUUCGCAGCUAUUUUCUGCCCUAGCAUUAGCAAGGGUCAGUUGUGCCUGCUUGGGUAUAAUCUAGUGAAACAAGUUCCUUUGUGAGUGCCCUCUCAGUUGAACCCAGCUCCUUGUGUUAGGAAUCUUCAAAGCACCUUCUUUUUCUAACAAGCCCCCUUAUGUGAUGAACCGCUGGGUCUUUCAGCAUGCUCAUACACAGUCACAUUGACACAAACAUACACACACCUACACAUGCAGCUGCACAGUUGCACACACCUUCACAUAUACACACCUACACCUGUACAUUGACAAACACCUCCACACAUACACCUGCACAGUACACAUACCUACACAUGCACAAACCUACACCUCAACAGUGGGAACACUGCACAUACAACGGCACAUUUACACACACACCUGCACUAAACACACGUACACCUGCACAGUAACACACAUGCAUAUUUACACACAACUACACUUGCACAGUAAAACACAUGCCCAUACACUUGUACAGUGACACACACACACACAACUGGGUUUACGUAUAACAGUUCACUAACAGACAUUUGAUGUGUUUAAAUAAAAAAUACAUUUAUAUUUGCUAAUGAAUACCAAUGAAUGUACUGCUAAAUAAUUGCUGCGGUUGUAGAUCUUCGUCAUCACCAAUAGUUUGACUGCAUGUGCCAUGAUGCCUUUCUUUGAGCAAGCAAUAGAAGUGAAAGACAAUAAUCCAAACAAACACAUAAUCCGUGACAUAGAGUUUGUGUUCAUAACGUUUCACACCUCAACUUUGCGUGCCGCUUUUGUAGACCAUCAACUUUAUCACCGCAUCCAUCUCAACCCUUGCCCAUAAUCACACAUCGUAGCUAUCUUUCAGACAGUUAUUGCCGAAUCUGAUGGCUGAAGUGCUGUGUAGAAUAUAUGGACCCAACAUGAAGGUGAUUAUUUUUUUUAUGGUGAUCCAUCAUUCAUUAACAAGCAAACAAAAUCAAAAGUGCAAUAUGAAUCAAAUGUAAAGUUAUUUAAAUUGAUUAAACAAAUGCAUAUUUAAGAAACAAUGCUUUUUGUUUU